GGGUGGGAGCAUAUAUGCGCUGGCGCUAUCACCGGACGGCAAGACGAUUGCGUGCGGGAGGGCAGAUGGAAGUGUUCAGCACUGGAAUACGGAUGGAAAGAUGAUGCUUGACGGUGCUUGGAGGGGUCAUAGCGAUUGGGUGCGAUCGCUCUCUUGGUCUCCCAGCGGAGAUCAUAUUGCCAGUGGAUCUGAUGACGGAACCAUUCUCAUUCGGAAUGCGAAAAGCGGAGAAGUAGAGGUUGGUCCGAUCAAGACGAAGCAGUACCGAGUGUGUGCUCUUGCGUAUUCACCUUCUGGCAACAGAAUAGCAUCAGGCGGGUGGAAUACAACAAUUUGUAUAUGGGACAGCAAGACUGGCGAGCUUGCUCUUGGGCUCAUUCAAGGCCUGGGUUACGAAGUGACAUCGGUGGUGUGGUCGUCGGACGGCACAAAACUUUACUCCGCAUCCGACAAAUUAGCACGAGUCUUCGACAGCAACACAGGCGCAUUACUCCAUUGCUUCCAGCAUGACGAACUCUUGUAUUCCAUCGCACUUUCGCCCACAUAUAAUGUCCUGGUGUGCGUGGGCGAUCAAGGUGUCACACAGCUAUGGGACACCGAGUCUCAUCAAUUGCUUGGCCAGCAAUUUAGCAAGAAUAGCCAAAUCCUCCGUUGUGCAUCAUUCUCUCAAGACGGGAGAUACCUAGCAUGUGGCGGACACAACAAGGCGCUCACUAUGUGGAUUGUCGACGACAUAGCUCCUCACCUUGUAGCAACUUCAAAGCCAUCAUGGGGUGAUCACAUCACUGGCGAGGUGCAGGACGAUCCAUAUGACUCAUUUUUCUGGUACCAUUCCCAGAAAUCUCUUCCGUCGCCAUCAUCUGGCCCCCAUGUCCCCCACCUGUCCUUUAUUCGUCGCUUCUGGAACGUCAUCUCUCGACACCGCCUACCUACAGACGGAUCUGUUCCACGAGAACGCCCCAAGCGUAGUUUCUUCGCUCGUAGUACUCACUCAAAUUCGCCCCUGGAGCUUGCAAACAUCAUACCUAGCCAACCAAUAUCAGCAUGGAAGGUCCAACUACGAGAAGAUGACGAGGAAGAUGAAAUGGAGGAUCCGGGCGCCAGCAAACUAGAAAAGUGUGGAGGCAAACAAUGGGAAGGAUCCCUUGUUGACGUGCAGAGUCCACCUCCCUAUCAUCCUGCUCCCCAUACUGAGCUCCACAGCGAAGAACAUGUGAACUUCUGGAGACGGCUAAUGCAGAGCCCACCUCCCUAUGAUCUCGCUCCCCCUGCCGAGCUCCACAGCGAUGAAAAUAGAAGUCUCUGGAGAUGGCUAAUGCACAUUCAAGGGAAGUAUCUCACUUCCAGAAGAACGGCUUCAACAAUACCCGGCCCGAUGUCGUUGAGGUAUCCUGUGUGCACGAGUUCGAAGCCACGUUGACACGAAACCAGCAGAUGAAGUCAACGUGCAGUGCUUCUGUUGCUGCAGCCUAUCAUCGACCAUAAUAUCUGUGUUUCAUCGUCGCGACCGGUCUCCAUAUGGGCAGGGCAUCAUCGAACACGUUCCCAUCACACUUUGUCACCACCUACCAUGCCAGUUCGGACUCAAUAUGUUUCACCUACGGACACAACUAUUCUUGAUAUUGUCUUGGUUUUCAUGUGGCUUUCUUUUUUUAUUCCGCUGGAUGUCAAACUCGUCAUGCUUCAUCACUAUCUUUAUUUUAGUAUUCAACUUCGUAAUUAUAUUUUAUUCCGGUGUUCCUCAUACAGCUGGGGUACCGCUUCUCCUAUUCAGCAUUACACAUACACAUCAUACUACACCACGCUCACCUAGCCCUCAUGAGCCACUAUAUUUGACACAGUCAUCCGCACAUAUAUUUGAAUACUGUACGAUUUGAAGGUGUGUAUGAUAUAUAGGGUUAUGUAUGUACGGGUUCAUG